GCGGCAGCUCCUCGGAGGCGGCGGAGAGCAGCGCGCAGCCCGGUGCAGCCCUGGCUUUCCCCUCGCCCCGCGCCCGCGCCCCCUUCAGCGUUCGCAACCAGAAGCCCAGCGGGGCGCCGGGAUCCGCUUCCGCACCGCCGCAGCUCCCGGGACCCCGACCCCGGCCACCCCGAGAUGACCGCGACCGGAGCCCUCCUGCGCGUCCUCUGGCUCCUGCUGGCUUUCGGCCACAGCACUUAUGGGGCUGAAUGUUUCCCACCCUGUGACCCCCAAAAUGGAUUCUGUGAGGAUGACAAUGUCUGCAGGUGCCAGCCCGGCUGGGAGGGUCCCCUGUGUGACCAGUGCAUGACCAUUCCUGGCUGCGUCAAUGGACUCUGCGAAGAGCCCUGGCAGUGCACUUGCAAGGAUGGCUGGGACGGGAAACUCUGUGACAUAGAUGUCCGGGCUUGCACCUCAACCCCCUGCGCCAACAAUGGUACCUGCGUGGACCUGGAGAAGGGCCAGUACGAGUGCUCCUGCGCCCCUGGAUACUCUGGAAAGGACUGCCAGCACAAGGCUGGGCCCUGCGCGGUCAACGGGUCCCCCUGCCAGUACGGAGGUACCUGCGUGGACGACGAGGGCCGGGCCUCCCAUGCCUCCUGCCUGUGCCCCCCUGGCUUCUCAGGCAAUUUCUGCGAGAUCGUGGCCAACAGCUGCACCCCCAACCCGUGCGAGAACGACGGUGUCUGCACCGACAUCGGGGGCGACUUCCGCUGCCGCUGCCCAGCCGGGUUCGUGGACAAGACCUGCAGCCGCCCGGUGAGCACCUGCGCCGGCGGCCCGUGCCUAAACGGGGGCACCUGCCUGCAGCACUCUCAGGGUCAGGCCAUCUGCUUCACCAUCCUGGGCGUGCUCACCAGUCUGGUGGUGCUGGGCACCGUGGCCAUCGUCUUCCUCAACAAGUGCGAGGCCUGGGUGUCCAACCUGCGCUACAACCACAUGGUGCGGAAGAAGAAGAAUCUGCUGCUUCAGUACAACAGCGGCGAGGAGCUGGCGGUCAACAUCAUCUUCCCGGAGAAGAUCGACAUGACCACCUUCAGCAAGGAGGCUGGCGACGAGGAGAUCUAAGCAGCGUCCCCCCAGGCCCCUCUGUAUUCUCGGGGUUCCGCAGAGCUCACUAUAUGCGGUCUGUGCUCAUUUUUGUGGUGGAGCUUGCUAUCUUUUGUGUGGAAACUAGUGAACGCUACGCUUACCUAUACUGUCUUUGUGUUGCUGUGUGACAAGAUGCUAAAAGAAUCCCCUUUCUCUUUAUUAAUGCAUGAUUACAAAUAAUAAUAAGAAUUUCAUCUCUGAAUGAGUUAAAGAGAUAAGUAUGUUAUUCUAAACUCUAAAUAUUUAUUCUCAAAAUAUCAAAAAGACCAAAAAAAAACAAGGUAACAGAACCAGGGCUCGGUGCUGAUGACCCUCUCCCAGCCGGGGGAGGUGUUGCCACCACAGGGUCCUUGUGAAACCAUAAGAGUUGUGCGUGACCACUCACUGUGAAAAGGGCUAAACUCUUUCGUUCCUCACGCGAGCCACCUCGACUCACACUCACAUCCAGUCUCACACCGCAACCCUUAGAUCUUACCGAUUUAUUUGUGACUUUGCAGUGUGUAGUGGCUGUGUGUCAGGUAGAGAGAGCCCCUGGGUUGGCUGCAGACCAAGGGGCAGAGGUUGGGCCCUUGACCCAGCCCUGCCACUAACUCGCUGUGUGACCCUUGGCGAGUCCCUCUUCCCAACCCUGGGCCACCCCCUUACCCCUCUCUCGAGGGAGGGGUUUGAACAUCCAAGCCACCAAGGUCCUCUCUAGCUCUAAAACACAGAAUUAGGAACGAGGGGUGUAUACCAAAACGCUUCCUGACCCGGAGAAUAGGAUCUGAUGGGGACUCGGUCUCAUCCUGGGAUCCGAGAGGUUUUGGCCUAUCCUGGAUGUACACUUGAUACUGAGGUUGAUCCCAAUUGCUCUUCCCAAAGUGGGGAGCCUCCUGGCUCAGCAUUUGGGAAAAAUUGGCCCCUUUAGGUCAAAAUGUGCCAUUUGGAGUUGCCUCUUGAGCAGCCCCCCACCCCCAGCCCUAGCCCCAAACUCCUCAAGCUCCGCCCCUAUGCCUGCCACUCACCCUAUAGAGACAUUAGCUUUGAGACUUAAGUGUACCUUGAACCACAAGUGCCCCUGGCAAAAUCUGAGCGAGCGACACAGCCCUCACCAAGGUUUUCACAGCGUUUAGUGGAAAUUGUUGCUUGUGGGGCAUUUUCUUGUUCUGUGGUGGAAGUGGGAUAUGACCUGUCCACAGCCAUGGAUCUACGUUUGUGUUGCUGAAUUACUAUCCCUCAGAUCCCAAAAGACCUAGCCAGCUUCUGAAGUUCGAAUUUGCUCUUUUUU